CGCCCGGGCGGCAGGAGGAGCGGCAGCGGCAGAGCUACCAGUGGCGGCGGCGGCAGCGGCAGCAGCAGUUCAGUCUGUCCCGCUGUAGUUCUCCUAAAUUUCUGCUAACGGCCGGCAGCUCCGGUCGCUGCUCUUGUAUGUAGCCGUGCCGUUGCUUGUCGCUUUCUGGCCGUUGACGGGAGCUCAGCUAGUCGCCGCCGGUGUGAUGGAAGUGGACAAAAUGGACGAAAACGACUGGAAGUACCACGGAGAGGGGAACAAGAGCCUGGUGGUCUCUCACGUACAGCUUUCCAGAGUUCUACGCCUCCUCAAGUAUCCAGCAGAGGACUCUGAAAACCCGCCACAGACUGCAGAACAGGCCUUCAGGCAGAUCCAGAACAUCGUGGACUUCAGCUCCAACGUCAUGAGCAGCCUGCUGGGGGAGAAGUUCAUCCACAGCGGGGAAGUGGUUAAACUGCCUCUGGAGUUUGUGCGACAACUUUCAAUCAAAGUUCAACAUCAAAGACCAGCCUGGAGAUGUGACAAAGUGAUGGACAUCUACAGCGGCUGUGCUCUCUGUCUGCCAAACCUGACGUCUCCAGGCCUCCACCAGCAAACACACACUCCACCGCUCUGCAUCGAGAUCAAGCCUAAAUGUGGCUUCUUGCCGUCCCCCAAACACGUCAGCAAAGACAUCAAGACCAAAGUGUGUCGCUUCUGCAUGCACCAACACUACAAGGUAAGCUCAAACAGGAAGUACACAGGACUACUGCAGUACUGGUACUGAGCAGCGUGCACUGAUGCUGGUCUGGACUCAUCCAGGCAUGUGGACCGUGUGCUUCAUUACAACGCAGAGUUUAGAGGUUUACAGUCAAAUCAGCAGGACGAGUGACAGCAGAGGG